AUGCGAGACAAGAUGCGGGCCACGCACGAGCCGGAUUACCCCAUCUGUCCCAUCGGAGCUCCAGCGCGUGACUUCAGCCACCACCGCCGGCCACCACCGAAGCCGGUAGCCAAGCCCCGCCCUGCCCUGCCCUCAUCAGGAUCAGCCCGUCCCCAAGGUAUGGUCUUCUCCCCCGACAACCUUCCCCAAGCCCUCAAGAACGUCGGCGGUCCAGUGGCCACUCGCACUCCUGCUCCCAUCCCAUCCCAGACUCGUGCUUCUCGCGGAAAGGGCAUUAUCUUCAACGUCGAUGAGCUUCCUCAAAACCUUAAGGAACUCGCCAAAGCCGCCAAGACUGACGCCGCUUGA